CUUUUCGUAUCAAACAGGUCAAACGCUAGUCAACUGGUUACAUUAUACCUUGACUCUAAACCAAUCACAGUUCUCUGUCAGAUGGGGGAUUUCGGAUGCGGAGAUGGAGGAUGGACGCCUGUAAUAAAGACUGACGGCAACAAGGUAGGCCUCUUUUGGCGGAAUAUUUUAAGCGGGGUUUUCUUGCGGCGAUGAAGCGCGAGGAAGACAUUUUCAGUAGCGUCGAAACUACGAUAGAAUCUCUUAACAACUCGCCCAUAUUCUUCUCGCGGCCUCUGCUUGCGGAAAUUCCUUUGGCAUGAGUGCUACAGUACCCUAAUAUCUAAAAAUGCGACAAAUUGCUAAUUAACCCGCUUGCAAAUAGGGUACAGAUUGUUGGCUUUUACGCUAACUUUAUUACUGAUUUCAAGAGGUCCUGCCUUUGGUGAUGCAUCGUGUUAUUUAUGUUUAAGGAUAAAUUAAAUCCUCUUAAUUCUUUUUAGGCAACGUUUGACUAUCACUCUCACUACUAGAGUGAUAAAAAACAAUACAACAUCCUUGGCGGGAGGACUGGGUUUGACUCACAGGAGACCAAGUUACCGACCUAUUGGAACACACCUUUCUCCAAGAUCUGUCUCGGUAUGAAGAUAAGUGGACAACUCAGGUUUAUUGUCCUUAACAAGGAGGCCAACUCUCUGCUCUCACUGAUUGCUGAUGGGAUAUGGCGCGCUUCUUCACUGGGUCGUAACAAGUGGAAGAAGUUGAUUGGUGCACAGGGCUCUUUGCAACUGAACUGUAACAAGGAAGGCUUCAAUGCUGUGGGUACUUCAAGUCGUCAUUCUAAAGCAAGAAUUGGUUAUAUAGCUAACGAGCAGCACGAUUGUCGCUCUUGUGACUCCAGAAUUGGGUUUGGUACCGGAGGACAUCCUAAUAACUCCAAUACGUGUGGAAACGCAGCACUUCAUUCCUCAGAUAAUGGUGACAGAGACAUUAGAGCUAUGGGAUAUAUCUUGGUGCAGUAA